AUGAUUACAGAUACACGCCAAGGCCUUCAAAAGCGCAUGGCUGCCAUCUUCGCUGAAGCGAAAGAGCAAGGCUUGAAUGUAUGCGACACGCUACCAUCGGAAGUGCUGGACCAUUUCCUAGUAUCAUUGAAGACCGAGAAUAUUUGCUUCGCGCCUGAAGAAGAAGCCAAGGGCAUGGAAGAAAAGAAUCUGGACCUGGAGACACAGCUGAAGCAAGCUCAACAGGCGCUUCAAAACAUCGAUAUUCCCGAAGAUGCAAACCAAUUGCAGGUUGAACUCGGUCUAGCGAAGAAGUCUGCUGACUUCUAUCGUGGCCUCAUGAAUGAGGCUGAGGAAAGGGCCACUAGAUACCAAGAGAAAUGGCAAGAGGCUCUCCAACAGCAGGUUGCUGCCGAAGAAAUGGACAACAAAUUCGAGCGGUUGAAAGCCGAGAACAGCGAUCUUCGACGGUCCAAAUCUAUCAUUGCAGAGGAGAUGCGAAAGAUGAAAGACAUCUACGACAAGCUUCGAGACAAAGACCUUGGGGUAGUUGUAGACAAAGAAGAGAAGGUCAUGGCCUUGGAGAAGCAGCUCAAAGAGUUGAAGGCAACGUCUGAAGAACUCCAAGAGGAGAAUUGCGCUGUCGAAGGGCAAUAUCAUGAAGUGAUGUCGUCGCUGGACGCUGUUGUCACUGAAACUACUGAUGAUCUCAACGCUGCUAAGGCACGAGCUCGUGCGGCCGAACAGCAACAGAGUGCCACCUUCUCCGAGAUACAACCUUUACGAAGAUUCUACAACCAUGCGAACGACAUCCUCAAUAUUUAUCAGGGUAUUUUUAGGCAGUUGCUUAAUGCUGUGGAGCAAAAUGUCACAUACUCAUCGGAUUUCCGUGAGAUGCUCUUAGCUCGUCUGCAAGCGGCCUCUGGAGAGUGUGAGGCAUUCCUUACACUGCGGGCUCUGUUUGCGGCUGAAGGUUUGCCCCAGACUGAGCAUUCCGAGCAGUUGAGUGAUCUUGCGCAAUCUGCACAACAAAUGCAAAAGUGCUUAGACAACAUUGGCCAAGACAUGGUUCAAUUUCUGUGGGCACUUUCGCGUCGGCCGGAUAUUCUCAAGUUGAUCCGCCUGAAGUUUAGCGUACUGCGGUGA